AUGGUGAAAUUUACCUGGCAUCAAAUGAUUACUUUUUAAUUUUUGACUGAAAGUAAAAACAAAUUACAUUUCUUGGAAGGGAGUCAGGCUUCUUUUUUUCAUUUGAGAAGCAGAUCUUGAGUUGGCAAGAGGGUUAGAUCUAUGAAUUAAAGUCCUACUUUGUAUUCUUAUAUUGAUCCCAAGGAUCUCAACAGUAGGUAAUUUAGAAACCUUGAGUGGUUUCAGCGGGGUCAUUAGAAGUUCAUAUUUUACAAGUAAGCGGAAGCCAGGGCAAAAAGUAAAUAGAACAAAUGCUUAAGUAAUGGGGUAUUCUGAUUAAUGUAUGCACUUUUGGGAAUACCUCAAAGACUUUAAGUAGGUUUAAAUCAAAGAAAUCUGGAUCGAUUCCUACACCCGAAAGAUUUUGAUUUUGUCGAUGAAGAAUUCAUUUUUUUAUUAACAGAUAUGAUAUUCUAAGUA